GUCACUUGCAAGGAACAGCCUCUGGAGAAGCAGCUGUGUCUUGUCUGGAAGAAUUUCUUCAUCGAAAAGCCAGGAUGAAAGAUCUCCUCAGCCUGACUGUCCUGUGUUUCAGCCUGGCUUCCUGCUGUGGAUUCUGCUUCCAAGAAGUGCAUAAAUUAAGGGUUAGAAAUGGUGAGCUCCUGCCUCCAAGGGAGUGUACGGAUAUUUAUGAUGGGAGCAAGCAUCCAUUGGGAACUGCCUGGAAUACAGCUGAGUGCAUGCGAUGUGAAUGCAAGGAAGAAGGAAUGGAAUGCAGUGCCAGAUACGGUGGCAUUCUAUAUGUUGUAGGGUGCAAAGCAGUGAUUGAUCCAGUAACAUGCCAGUAUAAGUUAUAUAAGCUUGAUGACCCCACAACGCGGUGUGCCUAUUAAUUUCCAGAGGGUCCUGGCAGUGUCCUCCCCAGGAGUUCACUCUCUUUUGAGGUGGCCUCUGGACAGACCCACUUAGGGGACUGUUUUAAGAUUCACCAUCUGUGUGUCU